AUGUGGAAAACCAUACCCAAAACAUCACCAGAAUGUACUCAGAAUAAUGGAACACAAAUAACUGGGAAAAAAUUAGGAAAAAGAACAGUACCAAUAGAAAUAGGAAGAUUCAAGAAAGGAAACUUCUCAAAGAAACUUUACAAUAAAGGAAAAAGAAAACUUGAAGAAGAAUACUAUUCAGAAUCUGAAGAAGAAACUAAAGAAGAAUCUGAUAAUGAAGAAGUUAUAACUGCAAAUAUCUUUUAUAAAACUAUUCAGAAAAAAGUUAAUUCUUUCGAAUAG